AUGCAUCUCUCAGCCAUCAUCACGGCGGCGCUGCUACCGCUUCUGGCACUUGCCGCCGACCCGGCCAGCACCGUUACCAGCACCAGCUACACGACCCUCACUAAGACGCUCACCCUGCAGCGAGCUGCGGUUGCGACGUCCUCCGUACCCUACAGUAACAGCACUAUCACCUCGUUCACUUCCUCGGGCCCUUCGGCAACGCAGUCGACCUCUCUCGUAGCGGCAACCACCUCGACCAAGUCGGGUGCGUCGAGCUUUAACGCCGCCCACGCCGUGGUCGUGGCUGCUGCCGGUGUGGUUGUUGCUGUGUUCCUCUAA